AUGUAUCGUGGUCCAGUUUAUGCUCUCCACGAUGUCUCCGAUAAAAUCCCAAUGACCAACUCUCCUCUCUUGGAUCCUCUUCCUAACUUGAAGAUCAAAGUCUACAACUCAUCAGGUCUGGUCACACCGCAGGAUGACCUCGGCGGAGAUUUUACUUCGAAAUUAUCUCCUAAGAUUGUUCAGUCUCUGUUGGACAACAGCGACACCAUGAACCUUCGCAACCAGAGCUUGGCCCGGACUCGAGAUCCUUCCUGUACAGCUCACGGAUCUUUCAACAGCCAGGGGGGACACCUCAUCGUUCCCAACUCAGGUGUGAGCUUGUUGGUCCCAGCAGGUGCUGUUCCUCAGGGAAGAGUGUAUGAAAUGCAUGUGACUGUGCACAGGAAAGACAGCUUAAGACCCCCGGUAGAAGACAUUCAGACAGUUCUCAGCCCGGUGGUGAGUUGUGGGCCUCCAGGAGCCCUGCUGACCAGACCAGUGAUCCUCACUAUUCACCACUGUGCAGACAAUGUGCAGGAAGACUGGCUUAUACAGCUCAAGAAUCAACUGGCCAUGGGAGAAUGGGAGGACGUGGUUGUAGUGGGAGAGGAGAACUUCACCACGCCCUGCUAUGUGCAGAUGAACUCAGAGGCAUGUCAUAUUCUGACGGAGACGCUGGGGACUUACUGCUUGGCGGGCCAAUCGAUUGGCAAAGCAGCCGCCAAGAGGCUCAAGCUGGCUGUCUUUGGGCCCGUCUCGUGCACAACUUUGGAUUAUCACAUCAGGAUUUAUUGCCUGGAUGACACUCAAGAUGCACUUAAGGAGGUUCUUCAGAUGGAGACCCAAAUGGGAGGGAAGCUUCUGGACGAACCAAAAACUCUGAAUUUCAAAGACAGCACGCAUAAUCUGAGACUGUCCAUCCACGAUGUGCCACACACACACUGGAAGAGCAAACUCAUCGCAAAAUAUCAGGAGAUCCCAUUCUACCAGGUGUGGAGUGGCAGCCAGAGGACUCUUCACUGCACUUUUACCUUGGAGAGACUGAGCUCAGCCAUCACGGAGAUCAGCUGCAAGCUGUGUGUGAGGCAGGUAGAAGGAGAAGGACAAAUUUUUCAGCUCAGCGGCACGUUGGAGGAGGAGGUCCAGUGUAUAGACACUUCUCUAAUGGACCCUGCAAGUAAUAUCACAACCUUACUGGGGCCUAAUGCCUUUCGAAUUCCAUUAUCCAUCAGACAGAAGUUGUGUGGCAGUUUAGACGCACCACAGACUCGAGGCAAUGACUGGAGGAUGCUGGCCCAUAAACUCAACCUGGACAGAUACUUGAAUUACUUUGCCACCAAGUCAAGCCCAACAGGUGUGAUCCUGGAUCUGUGGGAGGCCCAGCACUUCCCUGACGGCGAUCUAAACGAACUGGCUGCUGUUUUAGAAGAAAUGGGUCGCCAUGACGGCAGCCUUGCCUCGAUGACAUCAGAACACUGACAAAGCGCCGUAUUUAAAAUGGCAACGGCAAAACUCCGGAGAUAAUUACAUGUGAAUUCUCUAUGGUUGAUACCGCAGCUCGGGCUGAAUGAACCAAUUAGACGCAAGUAAAUGAAAAGGUGUCACCAUGGUAACGGAGCACUGUUUAAAUACCACGAUAAUCACGUCGACAUGGUAAAAGGAAUAACAAGCGCUCAACCUGGUGCUGGACCUCGUUUGUGAGUAUUUGAGAGAUGUGACCACCGGAGAGAUAGCCUUACUACGGUAAUAAGGAAUAAAGAAAACAUACACACGCCUAAAGAAGAGGAAAAAAAUAACCUGUUUUCUAUAGUAGCACCAGGAUUUCUUUUUCUUGCUGUUACUUUAAUACCAAACAAAGCAGCAGAGGCAUGAAAAGAAGAUAAACAGAAACUGACCUUGAAAACAUCUAUAGACAUGGAAAAAGGAAGAGAAGGUAAACUAAUUACGAGCAGGGGAAGGUAGAUUAGAGAUGCACAACGACUGAGCUCGACUCUUUAAAAAGACGAGAGCAAACACAGAGAGCAGGUAAACUGAUUACAGAAGGGAGGGAGGACAGAAAUGUAUGAUGAUGGAAGUGGCAGCAGGUGACCAUCUGGAUGGAGAGCAGAUGAUGAGAGGGGAGACGGAGGAGUCCCUCUUUUUCUUGUGAACCUUGGCUGUACGUGUUUGUCGGUACAGUUCGUCGCCUUUAUAUCGUUUCUUAGGGAACGCUCUAUGUAUUCUGCUGUCCAUAUGUGUGGAUUGUCUCCUGCUACAGAAUGACCUUACUGUAUUGUAAGUCCUGACCAGAAACAAGCCAGAUCCCACAGGGUUCUCCUUUUGACUGAAAUUUUAAGUGCAGUUUGUAUUUUGUUGAAGAUGAAAGCCGUUUUAAAACACUUUCAGAUCAUCUAGCUUAUAUAAAGUGGCGAAGGCAAAAUAACUGUUUUUAAAAAAAAUCCAUUCCAAAGAUUCUUACUCAGAUGGAUACAAGUAAAAUUUAUUAUCACCAUGAAUAGAGUAGCAUGAUCGCGACAGACAA